AUGGUCAACUACGAAAAGAAAUCUACGGCGCCAAACCACUCCUCAAUCAUUCGGAGGUCGAAGACUGUUGGAAAGGGGAUAGUGAUACCAAGAGAUCGAAGAAACUGGCAGUUGGUGGAUAUACCUGCGAGGUUUCUCGAUCUUCCUACCAUCCCUGAUGCCCAAGUAGGACCAAAGAGGGCAACCAUGCAUUGCCAUCAGUCUCCUCUGCCUGGCUACGAAUCGGGCCCUGCACAUUUGGUGCCUCUGCAGCCGGGGAUCGUCUCGGAUACGCUCCUCGCCGAGGAAGAAACGUAUGGAGCACUGUGUCUACUGUGUGACCCGAUGAUGGGAGUGCGAGGAUUUGGACAUGGAUUGGGGAUAAUUAUCGGUCUAUUGGAAAUAAUCUCGGUAGGAUUUAUUCCUUGGACUAUCCUUCCGACGCAGAUAAUCUAG